UGACUCGAGUUGUUUGGCAGUGAAGUGAGGUUAGGUUGAGGUGUGAUUCUCAGAGCAUUUUUCCGACUGUUUCUCGUAUUUUCAGUGAUAUUUUCCAGGUAAAAGAGGGCAAAAUAUGAGUUCAAUAGGAACUGGGUAUGACUUGUCGGCGUCGCAGUUCUCUCCGGACGGGCGGGUCUUCCAGAUUGAGUAUGCGACGAAGUCUGUGGAGAACAGCGGCACCUCGAUCGGCUUGAGGGGUCGCAAUGGUGUUGUGCUGGCGGUGGAGAAGCUCAUCCCGAAUCACCUGUAUGAGGACGAUUGCGGCUCCCGGAUCCACAAUGUGGACGUGCACAUUGGUCUGGCUGUGUGCGGGAUGAUAGCCGAUGGGAAUCAUAUUGCCGACAUCGCCAGGCAGGAAGCCGCGAGCUACAAGCAGCAAUUCAACAGGCUGAUCCCGCUGGCAAUCCUGAACGAUCGGCUGUCCAGCUAUCUCCACGCGUACACCCUGUACAGCGCCGUGCGUCCUUUCGGGGUGUCUGUCAUCAUUUGUUCGUACACGAAGGAAUCCGGCCCGGAGAUGUACAUGAUCGAUCCGUCGGGCGUGUCUUCUGGAUACUUUGGCUGCGCCAUGGGAAAGGCCAAGCAGGCGGCCAAGACGGAGAUCGAGAAGAUCUCCCUGGGUGAUGUGCCGAUGGAGGAUCUCCUGAUGAAUGCCUCGAAGAUCAUCUAUCAACUCCACGACGACCUCAAAGAUAAGGAGUUCAAGCUGGAGCUGAGCUGGGUGACCGACCAGACGAAUGGACUCCACCAGACUGUGCCUCCUGCGCUGUACAAGAAGUGCAACGAUGCGGCCAAGACGGCCCUCAAGGAUGGUGGAUCCAGUGAUGAGGAUGAGCCCAAGUAGUUAUCCGCUGUAAUUCAAUAAAUCCUGCUUUUCUAUCUAAGA